GGGAUCUCUUUGACCGCCAUAGGUUCAGUUUCUGCGCCCUUGUGACUCACACAUCAACACACGAGAGAUCCCGCUAAGAGAAUCCGCUUUUGUUGCCUGAUUAUGAUUAUUUUUCCUUCUUUAAAUUGCAGAAUAAACUCAUGGUGAUCGCCGAGUGCGCACCGCUCUCCUCGGGGCGCCAUGGGCUCGUAAGAUGCCUUCUCUGUGGAAACGGAUCACGUUCUCGGCGGCCUCGGUGCUCUGCGUCCUCUCUGCGGUCCUCCUGGUGGUGGCCCUGUCCACGGAGAGGUGGGUUACCGGCAGGAUCCUCUGUAAAACCGGGGUGGAGAUCGUGAACGCGUCCCAUCCUGAGAUGGACCAGUUCAUCGGGGACAUCUAUUAUGGAUUAUUCCAGGGAGGCAAAGCCAAGAAGUGCGGACUGGGGAGAAGACGCUCCAAAAUCUACAUUUUUCCAAAGCUUGUGCGGACGUUGAACGGUGGCCUUCACAUGAUGGUGAUUCUGUUCCUGCUGGUGGCCGUCGGCUUCGCUCUGGUCAGUCUGUCCUUCUGCAUCUACAACGCUCGCAAGGUUCCCUACCAGAGCAUCAAAGGGCCCAAGGGCCUCUACCUGUGGAACUGCAUCGCUGCUCUGUUCGGUGCCCUCGGUGUUCUGUGUUUCCUGGCAGCUGUUAGACACCACCGUCUGACCGAGCGGGUGGCAAACUAUCGGGAGAAUCUGUUUGUCCUCGUUGUCCUGGACGACAGCCUGGACUGGUCCUUCUGGCUCGGUGUCGGCAGCAUUGCGACCCACUUUGCAAUCUGCGGAGUGGUCGCCAUGAGUCGGAUUAAGAUGCCCAAACCUGAGCCCAAGAAGCCUGAAGAACCCACUAUCUCUGCUCUGGACCUGCUCUACUGAAGCACCAACCAGAAAGGAGUGUUUGUAGCAUUUCUGUCACUGACAAGAGCAAACUUUGAAGACUGACAGCAGAGAAAACCAACACAGUGCCAGAGCCCCUGCCUUUUGUAAUCUAUGUGACUUUCAGGCUCAACACAGCCCGAAUUACAGCCUUAUGACAUUAUUUUUAUGGAAAUUUACACUUGACAAAUUUUAUUUAUCUUAAUUUUCCAGCAGAAAUUAAUUGUAGGAUUGAAGCAUUAAUUUUAAUCUGCUAGAGGAGCCUCACACUUCAAGCCACAUUCGUUUAUGAAAUGUGACAAACAAUUUUAAGUCUUCAAACUACAUUUUGACAGGAGAACCGCUUGUUAUUGAGACUGAACUCCCAGAGAACAUGGUGCAGUGAUUUAGUGGUGGAUUUUCCACAGAGAUUUUUGAUGAAAUUAGCUCAAGACAGCUGACAUACAUAAAGUUUGCAACCCAGAAUAGUAUUUACCGUCACUGUCAUAAAGCUGUUCAACAUCAUAUAAAUGAGAAGCACUGGAAUAAUGUUUAUCUUUACUCUGUCAGAGUAAAAGGUGAGUCAAAUACGUUUUACAAUGCAACAUUUUCCUCAGUGUGCUUUAGAAUAUGUGCUCCUCACUGUGUCUUCUAUGACUCAGAUGAAGAACAAUGAAAGUACACUCAACAAAAAUAUAAACACAACACUUUUGUUUUUGCUCCCAUUUUUUAUGAGAUGAACUCAAAGAUCUAAAACUUUUUCCACAUACACAAUAUCACCAUUUCUCUCAAAUAUUGUUCACAAAUCUGUCUAAAUCUGUGACAGUGAGCACUUCUCCUUUGCUGAGAUAAUCCAUCCCACCUCACAGGUGUGCCGUAUCAAGAUGCCGAUUAGACACCAUGAUUGAAAUUCAGUUUGUGCAGAAAUUCUUUGGUUAUGCAAACCAAUUGUUUCAGCAGUUGUCUGAGUGGCUGGUCUCAGACCAUCUUGGAGGUGAACAUGCUGGAUGUGGAGGUCCUGGGCUGGUGUGGUUACACGUGGUCUGCGGUUGUGAGGCUGGUUGGAUGUACUGCCAAAUUCUCUGAAACGCCUUUGGAGACGGCUUGUGGUAGAGAAAUGAACAUUCAAUACACGAGUAACAGCUCUGGUUGACAUUCCUGCUGUCAGCAUGCCAAUUGCACGCUCCCUUAAAUCUUGCCACAUCUGUGGCAUUGUGCUGUGUGAUAAAACUGCACAUUUCAGAGUGGCCUUUUAUUGUGGGCAGUCUAAGGCACACCUGUGCACUAAUCAUGGUGUCUAAUCAGCAUCUUGAUAUGGCACACCUGUGAGGUGGGAUGGAUUAUCUCAGCAAAGGAGAAGUGCUCACUAUCACAGAUUUAGACAGAUUUGUGAACAAUAUUUGAGAGAAAUGGUGAUAUUGUGUAUGUGGAAAAAGUUUUAGAUCUUUGAGUUCAUCUCAUAAAAAAUGGGAACAAAAACAAAAGUGUUGCGUUUAUAUUUUUGUUGAGUGUAGAUCCUGACAGAGACAGUCUACGGAACUUGAUACCUGCUGGCUGCUGUUCCAGUCAAACCCAAAUCACUGCUCUUUUGUCGUCUCGGACUCAGUUACCAGAAAAUCAUAGUAGAACCUGAGACACAAUAACCAGAUUGUAGACAGAAUAAACAAGUGUUUUGUUCUGUUUAUGUGUUGUUUGAUAUUUGUUGCUGCAGAGGAUCUAAGCAUGAUAAAACUGAAAAAGUCUCAAACUCCACAUCUGAACCUCAAACGUUCUCUACUGUAAAUUAUGUUAUAUAUGUAUUUACAUGAUAUUUUUUCAUUGUAUGUAUGGAAUGUAAUAUGUAGACUUUUAAAACUGCACGACAUGACAUCAGUCUGAAAUAUCUUAAGUAUUUAAAUUUGCAUUAUUAUCAUUUGCAUGCUUAUGUUUGAUCUUUUUCAAACAUUUUUGCUGUUGAAGUUGAAAGUAUUUGAAAUACUGCAAUAAUUGACUGUAUGAGCAUGUAUACAUAGUGAGAAUUAAAGUAAAAGACUUUGAUUUUCAUUUAAUUCUUCAUAGUUCUGGUUGCAGUUCAAAACUAAAACUAUUUUGUGCAUGUAGCAAAGAGUCAUCACAAAUUAGUUUGGGCAUUGGUGAAGGACUUUCAUGAUGUAGACUGUCUGAGCUAUAUUAAAACACCUUCUGUCGUCUGAGGCCAA